UCAUUGUGUAUAUAUUCGCUCUUGGUGGAGGAAGGAAUGCUUGUCACCUAACCUACUCCUUUAGUUUCCGCACACACUAUAUACUUCUCCUAGACAGAAAAACACACUGAUUGCGUGAAAACUUGAAAUUUUUUCAUGGAGAAAUACAGGUGCAAAUUGUGCUUCAGAAAUUUUGCGAAUGGAAAAGCACUUGGAGGGCACAUGAGAUCUCACAUGAUGAACUUUUAUGCAGCAAAAAAACAGAAGAAAGUGCAGACUCAUGAAAAGGAUUCUCAAUCAUCUGAUGAUUUUCAAUUAUCUUCAUCAACAUCAGAAGAAGAAAAUGGAGAAAAGGAAGUAUCAUGUUAUGGGUUGAGAGAAAAUCCCAAAAAAAGUAUCCGUUUUGUAGAUCCCAGGUUCUUUUGUGCGUCGAGCUCUGUUGUGCUUCAAGACAGAGAGAGUGAAACAGAAUCGAUCCCGAACCCAAUUUUCAGGCGUUGUAAAAGGAUUAAGAAAACCAGAAUUUCGGUAAAAGAAACUGAGAUGAUGAAAUCCAAGUUUGAAAAGGGAGAAAAUACCAGUAAUGAGUUUUCUGAUGAACCUCUGAGUUCAAUUUCAGACACACCAGAAGAAGAUGUUGCUUAUUGCUUGAUAAUGUUGUCUAGAGAUACCUGGCAGAGAGAACAAAAUGAAGAAAAGGAAGAAGAAGAAGAAGACAGAGAGAGAAACAAGUAUGAAGAUGAUGAGUAUUCCGAGGAUUCUGGUGCAGUUAUGGUGGCUAAGAGUACUAAAUUUGGAGGAAAAUACAGGUGUGAAACGUGUAACAAAGUAUUCAGGUCAUAUCAGGCUCUUGGGGGGCACAGGGCGAAUCACAAGAAAAUUAAAGUCAACAUAACGGCGGAGACACCACCGCGAAUGGUGGUGGAAACCGGGAAAAAUGGCGGUUCAAUCCAAGUGGAGGAGAAGAUACAUGAGUGUCCUAUUUGUUUCAGAGUCUUUUCAUCAGGGCAAGCUCUUGGUGGGCACAAGAGAUCACAUUUUACUGGUGGAGGAGCAAUUUCAGCAAAUGUGAAUUCUAUUAAUACUCCUCCUGCUGCUGCUGCUAAACCAUUUUCAAGAAUAGGUGAAACUUUGAAUAUAGAUCUCAAUCUCCCGGCUCCAGUUGAAGGUGAAGAUGAGAUUAGCCAACUCGUGAAUUUUGCUUAAACUUUAAUUUUUUGGCACAAGAAAUUUGAUUUAGAGGUAAAGAAAAAACUACUUUUCUUUUGCUUAUUUCAUGGAUCUAAUGCUGAUAAUUAGUAGCAAAAAAAGGUGUUUUUAGGCAGUUGGGUCAAACAGGUUUAUUUUGCUCACAAAUUGACUGUAAUUCGAUUUUCUGGGAUUAUGUUCUGUUAAUUAGAUUAUAUUCAUUAACAGAUAAUUAGAACCA